AAUUGUCUGGUCGAUUUGAUGGUAACAGGAAAGGUGAAGGAACUUCUGGCGCAAGGUCUUCUUCCUCAAAGACAGCACGAACGUAGCAAGGAGCAAGAGAAGAUCGAGAAACAGAGACAAAUGCCGUUCCAUAUGCACAUCAAUUUAGAACUUUUGGAAUGCGUUUAUCUGGUCUCUGCAAUGCUCAUUGAAAUCCCAUACAUGGCUGCUCAUGAGUUCGAUGCGAGAAGGAGAAUGAUUUCGAAGACAUUCUAUCAACAGUUGAGAUCCAGCGAACGUCAGUCGUUGGUUGGUCCUCCGGAAUCGAUGAGGGAGCACGUUGUGGCCGCGGCGAAAGCGAUGCGCAACGGAAACUGGUCGGCAUGCAAUAAUUUCAUAAUCAACGAGAAGAUGAACGCCAAAGUUUGGGAUCUUUUCUAUCAAGCGGAUAAAGUUCGGGACAUGCUUACAAGAUUGAUCAAAGAAGAGGCUUUGAGGACGUAUUUAUUCACCUAUUCGCACGUCUAUGAUUCUAUGUCUAUGCCAAAACUGGCGGAGAUGUUCCAAUUGAAACGACCCGUUGUUCAUUCUAUUAUCAGUAAAAUGAUCAUCAACGAGGAGCUUAUGGCGUCACUGGAUGACCCCACAGAAACCGUUGUUAUGCAUCGCAGCGAGCCAAGUCGUCUUCAAUCUCUAGCGUUGCAGCUCACCGACAAAGUGAACAAU